AUGGAAACCAUGAACUGCAAAAUUACAGGAAGCGUUGUCAUUCUCUGCCUGGCUCUUGCUGCUGUUUCUGAAGGGGUGUCUUUGAAAAGCAUUGGACUCGAGCUCCGUUGUCAGUGCAUUCAAAAAGAAUCCAGAUUCAUCCAUCCCAGGCAGAUCCAGAAUGUAGAGCUCUUCCCCAGUGGACCGCACUGCAAGGAUGCUGAAGUCAUUGCUACUAUGAAAUCUGGUCAUAAGAUUUGCUUGGACCCAAAUGCCCAUUGGGUCAAGAUAGUUAUCAAAAGAAUCUUGGAAAGGUAA